ACAUUGAGUACUGCCCUUAUGUGGUGUACGCGCCACACUGCUCUUGCGUUUGUCGUCGGAGAGCAGAGGCACAUCCGUAAGUGACACUGACCACACGCAGUCAGUCGCUUCACCGCAUUUGCCUGUGCAGCGUAUCACAAGCGCUGCCUUCCUUGUGCUUGGCUCACGAGUCGGUCGGGGUCGGGGACCUCCCCUCCUAGAAACACCGAUCCUGGACCCCGCUGUUUGGAGCGCCAGAACCGGGACUCGACGCAAAGUGGAUGGGAGGGGGUGGGAGGUUGUGUAAACCCGCAUGGGCCGGACUCGCUACCAGCCGUCAAUCAUGUCGAGCAAUCAGCAGCAAGCAGGCCAACCAACCACUCAGCAGAGAUCCCCAGCCCUGGGCACUCGGACUGGGCACUUGGGACUUGGGGACGUGCCAGCUCAGCCGGGCUGAUGGACGCCCAUCAUCGUCUGUGUUGCCCAACUGGGGUGUGGCACGCGGGAUGCGGCGGCGGGCUACCUACGUAGCCACCAAGUCGCCAAACGGCAAGCGACCCGCCUCUGAGGUUGGCAACUCGGCCCACCUCGAGUUCUGGCCUCGCCUCGGGUUCCAUGCGAUAGAGAUGGGAUUGCCUAGAGAUAGCCAGACAGACCCUCUAGUCCAUCCUAUCGUGAUGCGGCCUGCAACCAGGGCCACAGCCCGCGCCCACCUGCCACACCUCUUCAAGUGUCCAUCCAUCCAUCAGCUCUCCACCCUCGCCUGGCCCCGUCCUGCUCUCACUUGCAUAUUAUUAGUCCUAGGCUGUCCCGGCGCUUCACGAGCGAGAGCCCUCUUUCUCUUGUCCUUUCCUGAUUCAUCCUCCCUCUUGUUGCCUCUCGCGUCGACGACGACAGUUGCUGAUUUGCGCCCGAAUCCCGCCCCCCCCAUUGAACCCCUAUUGUUCCGCUCACGUCCCGCACCCGUUGUUUCCUCCACACAACGGCAUUGUGCAUGCAACGGCCCGACAAGCGAACCAUACGACCGACACAGACCACGCAGACGUCAUAGCACUACCCCCGGCCAUACGAUCUCCCAUUGCUGACAGUGCCAUUGUGUUCCGGGAGGCCUGAAGGGUGCUCGACUUGCGAGACAUUUACGGCUACAACCGCAGUUCCUGUGUGAUAUCGAUCCCGCCUAUCGACUUGCACCCGUCUCCCCGCUCGUCCCUCUGCGGAGGAUGACGGGCGCGGCGUGCUCGGAGCGACGCCACCAUGCCCCUGUACUCGGAGCCGCCGCCGCUGCGCACCUUCAGUGAAGACAAGCCCACGCUUUUGGUGUGCUGGUGGAUCACCAUCUUCUGCGCCGUAAUCAUC